UCCUCCUCCUGUUAACUCCUUCAGGCAAUGGCUCCAUUUUGUAGGGCGUGAUCACAGCAGGCUGCUGUGCUAUAGGCAGCUGUACAGUAUGGACCCUCCCACCCCUGGGAUGUGCACAAGGCAGGGUUAUGUUGUGUGGCGGGGGAGGAGGCUCAGAGUUACAGGGUGGUGAUAAAAACAACAAAAGAUCUCAUCACAGAAGAGCUUUCAGUUUCACUUCUAUCUCCCGCCCUCAUGGCUUCUCCUGACCUGAGAGAUGAGUUGACCUGCUCCAUCUGCCUCAACAUUUUUACAGAUCCUGUGACCCUGAGAUGUGGACACAACUUCUGCCUGGUGUGUAUCGGUCAUGUUUUGGAGACACAGGACGGCAUAGGAGUGUACAGCUGUCCUGACUGCAGAGCCAGGUUUACAGACCGUCCUCUUCUUCAGGGUAAUGUAACCCUGCGUAACAUUGCAGAGCACUUCCUGUAUUUUCAGCCAGAUGAGGUGGAGGGCGCUAUCUUCUGCACAAACUGUAUCAACGCUCCGGUACCAGCUGUGAAAUCCUGUCUGCAUUGUGAAGCUUCGCUGUGUUACGACCACCUGAGAGUCCACAGCAAGUCUCCAGAACAUGUCUUAUGUGACCCCACCACCACCUUCAGCAAACGAAAGUGCUCCGUGCACAACGAAGUUCUCAGGUACUACUGCUCGAAUGACCGGACGUGUAUCUGCGUCACCUGCUGCUUGGCCGGAGAUCACAGCGGACACAAGGUGGAACCUCUAAAAAAAGCUUCUCAAAAGAAGAAGGCUAUGCUAAAGAAUAUUCUGAAGAACCUGUCCGCGCUAUCCAAGGAGGCUGAAGAACGGCUGCAGAACAUGCAGAACCGCAGGAGAGAAGUUCAAGAAAAAGCAACGGACAUCAAGGAGAAAGUCGCCAGUCUGUUCGUAGACAUCAAGAGACAGCUGGAGAUCCUGGAGAACAAGGUCCAGGCCGAGAUCUCCCGGCAGGAAAACCAGGUGUCACAUCUGAUCCAACAGCUGGAGAUACAGAAGAGCGAGCUCUCCUUGGUCACAUGUCACAUUGAGGAGGUGUGCAACAUGACGGAUCCAUUAACCCUUUUACAGGAAUGCGUCUCUGUUCGCUUUUGCCCCGCGGAGGAAACGGGCCACGAGAUUCGAGGUGAUGACACCAAAGAGAGCUACAUAGGAGAUAUGGAUGAGGGUCUGAUCUCCGAGACGUUGCACACGGGAUUGUACGAUAUCUUGGCUUUUGUGAGGAAACAGAUCUAUGUCAAGGAGAAUAAGUGUACGACCUUAGAUGAGGACACGGUGGCCAAUAACCUGCUUUUAUCCAUUGACAAGAAAUCAGUAUUUUGGACCCAAAAAUUACCGGAUUUGGGACACGUUGAGUUGCCGGUCAGGUUUCAGAAUUGUUCACAGGUUUUAAGCUUAGAGAGUUUUUGCUCCGGGAGACACUAUUGGGAUAUUGAGACCAGCAAUCACGGGGAAUGGAGGCUGGGGGUCUCCUACUCUACUGUCGAGAGGGGCGGCGAUUGUUCGUAUCUGGGCUGCAACGACAAGUCCUGGUGCUUGUGUAGAUCCAAUAAUAACCAGUACUCGGUGGUGAACGAUAACAGAGAGAUCCAGUUAACUCCCGUCAUUUCCCAUCACAGAUUCCGGAUCUAUCUGGAUUACUAUGGCGGUCGGCUGUCGUUUUACGAGCUCUGCUCCCCGAUAAGACACUUAUACACGUACUCCGCUGAUUUCACAGAUCCCCUCCAUGUUGCCUUCUACGUAUGUGGAGUUAAUGCUUUUGUUAGAAUUGCCUAUUAGGUUUUAAAGGGGUACUCUGCCCCUAGAUAUCUUAAAUAGAUAAAAUGUCUGAUCGCGGGGGUCCCACAGUUGGGACCCCCGCGAUCUCUGCGCAGCACCCGGCGUUCAUUUAGAACACUUGGAG